UAAUGACAUUUUGUGUAUUGUUCAUAAUUUUAGGGGUAACAUUGGCUAAACUUAAAGUUCAAAGCCCUAUUAAGAUGGAGGAUUUUCCUGAUAUAGUAUAUGCAGAGUAUUCUGUUGCAAAUUUUGGUCAUAUACCUUAUGGGAAGAGAAUGGCUGGAUAACUUUUUGCUCCUCCUGUAGAUCCAGAAAAAGAUAAGACACUUAAGUUAUGUGAAUAAGCUCCAUACAAUAUGAAUUUACAAUUUUAUUCACCUGCUAGUGAAAAAUGGUUGAUUGUCAGAAGAGGAGAUUGCCCAUUCACUCGAAAAGUAUUUUUGAUAUUUAUUCUAGGCUAUUAAUGCUUAGAAUAUGAAGGCAAAAUUAUUGAUAAUUGUUGACAAUAGAGAUGAGAAAGUAGAAUCAAUAAUGAUGGCUGAUGAUGGUAAUGGAUAUUAAAUUGAUAUUCCAUCUAUCCUAAUCUCAAAAAUAGAUGGAGAGAAAUUACUUUAAUUUUUAGAGAAAUCUACAUCAAGAUAUUUAAUAGGAACUAUAGAAUUUAAAUUAAGUCAAACAUCAAAUAAAGUAUAUUUAUAUAUUUAAUUAGACUAAUGUACUUUUUGGUUUAAAUAUUGAAAACAAAGACACAUUCAAAUUAAUAAAUGAGUUCAGACCAAUGUAUCUUGAAUUACAGGAACACAUUAAUUUUUAAAUCUUUUAUGAAGUUUUACGUUGUCUUUCAUGUGAGGCAAAUAAUUGGAAGACUGAGAAUCAAGAUUGUUUAGGAGGAGGAAGAUAUUGUUAAUUUGAUCCAAAUGGUAUUGCAUUUGGAACAGGAUCUGAUGUUCUUAGAGAAUAAUUACGUUAAUCAUGUAUUUGGUAAUAUAAUACUGAACGUUGGUGGUCUUAUAUGGUAAUUAUAAUAAAUUAAUAUAUAGAAUUAUUUUACAAAGAAAUGUACAAAAGCAAAUGAAUAUGAUCAAUGUUUUACAUAUUUUGCAACACCUGAAGAAAAGGCUGCAAUAGAAAAGUGUAUUUAGGAUUCAUACUUAAAUCAGCUUGAACCUGAAAAAGGAGAAAAUACAAUAUUGGAAUAAUACUUUAAAUUAAGAUAUCAAUCUGGAAUAAUAUUUUAUCCUGGUGUAUCGAUUAAUAGUCUUGCAUACAGGGGUAAUAUUGAGGCAGAAGAGAUUAAAGAAGCUAUUUGUGCUUCUUUUAUAGAAAUGCCUGAUGCUUGUGCUGAAAAAUUAGUAAUAUAUGAACCAAAUAGUGAAAUUGAAAACUCUUACUUUUGGUUGAUUGUUGUAGUAAUAACUAUAAGUGUUCUCUUUAUUUUGUUUAUUGUAUUCAUUUAUAGACGUUAAAUGAAUUAAAGCAUGUAAAAAAAUAUUAGAGAACAGGUAAGUUAAUAAGUGAACAAUUAUGUAAGAUUUUAUGAAAGUAGAAGUGAGAAAUGA